AUGCAUCCACUGCCGCCGCCGCCGCCGCGACAGAAGACCCUGUUCUACCUUGAAAGCCUGAAAAAACAAAACACUCCAAUCGUCGCACUCACUGCGUUCGACUACCCAUCAUCGCUUGCGGUGCGUUCAGCGGACGUUGACCUGUGCCUAGUCGGCGACUCUUUGGCGAACGUCGCUCUUGGAUACCCAACGACGCGGCAUGUGUCUCUGCAAGAGAUGAUUUUCGCAUGUCAAGCAGUCCAGCGCGGCCUCGGUUCACCCAUCCUGGCCGCCUCGGCACGCUUCGCCAGUCCCCUUGUGGUGUGUGACCUUCCAUUUGGGACGUUUGAGGUCUCUGUCGAGGAAGGCACGCGCGCUGCUUUGCGCAUCAUUCAAGAAGGCAAAGUGGACGCGAUCAAGAUUGAAGGCGGCGAAGAGAUCUACCCAUUAGUGCGCACCCUGACCAAGUUCGGCAUACCUGUCAUGGGACACGUUGGUCUGCAGCCGCAGAAGGUCUCUUCUACGUCUGGUUAUCGCGUCCAGGGUCGUUUAGCGCGUGAUGCAUUUACGAUCUACAAGCAGGCGUUGGAGCUGCAGGCGGCAGGAGUUUUCAGCCUGGUUCUGGAGUGUGUGCCGAGCAAGUUGGCCCGGUACAUCACAGAGAAUUUAGACAUCCCGACGAUCGGGAUCGGAGCUGGGAGCGGCACGGAUGGACAGGUGCUCGUGCAAAGUGACAUGGUCGGCGAACUUACGUCGCCUGCGCAUGUCUUGGCUGGCCUCGCCGAGGCUGGCAGCAGUGAAAGCAAACAGGACCCGCCGCUAGCAUCAAACGGCAAGCAAGUACCCGUCCCACACCCCAAUGCACCGCGUCCACCCAAAUUCGUCCGCACAUUUACACCGGGCAACUCGACAAUCGGUGCACUGCGGCAAGCAGCCGUUCAAGCUUACACGGAAGCGGUCAGGAGGCGCGACUUUCCUUCGGAAGGUGCCGCCUCAAAUGACCAGGCAGCUGCGGCGGCAAGGGCGGAGGAGGGCCCCGCGCCGACGGGUGAGAGCUACAGGAUGAAGAAAGAAGAGUGGGCGGGAUUCUUAGAGUUGGUUGCGAAAGACCGAUGA